AGCGCGUGAGUAACGGGCAGAAGUCCAAACAACAUAUGCGCACCAGCUGAGCUCUUCUCAACGGUACAAAAUGUGUGGGUGGACUCACCCCCAAAGCUAAAGGCGUCCAAAGAUUGGCUCUUAUAGAAGAAGAUUAGAGAGAGAAAAAGAAAGGGUUUACUUCAUAAUAAGAAGAUAAAAAAAAGCAAACCCAAAGAAGAAGCCGCAUAAUAAAAAGCAGAGAAAAAUUGAGGGGAAAACAAGGGUUUCGUUCUGUCUUCAGUGUUUCUGGUUCAGAGGAGUUGAAGAAGAAGGAGAAGAGAAGAUGCAGCCGAAUCAGAGGCAGGGAGGCGGAGGAGAAUCGCAGACUCAGCUUCAGACUCUGAUGCAGGCCGGCCAAAUCUCCGGGAGCCUGAGCUUCAAUGGCACUUUGACCAAGGAAGACGAGGAGAUGUCCCGGUCUGCCCUUUCCACCUUCAAGGCUAAAGAGGAGGAGAUCGAGAAGAGGAAACUCGAAGUCAAGGAGAAAGUCCAGGCUCAGCUCGGCCGUAUCGAAGAAGAAACCAGGCGCCUCGCCUCCAUUCGUGAGGAACUAGAAGCACUAGCAGAUCCAACAAAGAAGGAGGUGUCCGUUGUUCGCAAGAAGAUUGAUGCAAUCAACAAGGAGUUAAAACCAUUGGGACAUGCGUGUCAAAAGAAGGAGAGAGAGUAUAAAGAGGCCCUUGAGGCAUUCAAUGAUAAGCACAAGGAGAAAGUGCAGUUAAUUUCAAGGCUGAUGGAGGUGGGUAAACUUGUGGAUGAAAGUGAGAAGUUGAGGAUGAAGAAGUUGGAGGAGCUGAGCAAGAGCAUAGAAACAUUACGCUGAAAUCUUUAAUCGAAGAAACUCCGGUGACUAAUUAGGCUUUGUGUGGGUGUAUUUAAGUUAAAAAAAGACAAAUUUAAUCACAUAUAAGGUGUUUUAGUUUGUUCGUUUUCAUAUUUUUUCUUCUUCUGCGUGGGGUGUAAGGUAUGCUGCUUUUGUUAUCUGCUCUUAGUUUUUAUCAUGUCUGACUUUUAGAUCCGAAUACUCUGUAAACAGGUUUGUAACAAAAAAACAUGUGGCAACGCCUUAUUCUUGUCAUUUUUCUUGUUUGAAUCCAUUUCAACCUGGUGAUAAU